UGAAAUCGGUGAUGUGCUUCGAAACGUUUCUUCAAAAUAGAUCGAUACUGUUUUUCCCAGGAAAAACUGAAUAUGCAGUUCCUUUACAAUAAUUUGUUAGUUUAUCGUCGCUAGUUGUUAAUUUACAAUUUUAAAAUUCAUUAUAAUAUUUUUAGUUUCGAAUUAUUAACCUUACUUAUAACAGGCUGUGAACUUAACAAGUAGAAUAGAAUGAUCUCAAAAUGAAGUGCCACUACGAAGUUUUAAAUGUAGCGAAGGAGGCGAGUGCAUCAGAAAUUAAAAAGGCCUAUCGCAAGUUAGCCCUGCAAUGGCACCCGGAUAAAAACUUGGACAACCUUCUGGAAGCGAAGGAGCAAUUUCAACUCGUGCAAACCGCAUAUGAAGUGCUCUCUGAUCCUCAGGAAAGAGCAUGGUACGACAACCACAGGGAGCAGUUACUGCGAGGUGCCGGCAGCUCAUACAAUGAUGACAGUCUCGAUGUUUACCCAUACUUCAGUCCGUCCUGCUACAAAGGCUUUGGAGAUGAUCCUAAAGGCUUCUAUGGAGUUUACUCUGAAGUAUUCUCCAAAUUAGCUGCCGAGGAAACAGACUUUCUUGACGACCCUGAGGAAUUGAAUGCCAUCCCAAAGUUUGGCAACUCUACUACACCUUAUGAAGAUGUCCACGAGUUUUAUGCUUUUUGGAUGUCAUUCUCCACCAAUAAGAGUUUCGUAUGGCUGGACCAAUACGAGAUAACCCAGGGCGACAACCGCCGAGUCAUAAAGCUGAUGGAAAAGGAGAACAACAAGAUACGACAGAAAGCGCGUAAGGAGAGGAAUGAGGAGAUAAGGAGGCUGGCCAGCUUCGUGCGGAGGAAGGACAAGAGGGUCAUUGAGCAUACGAAGCAACUUCAGGAGAAAGCCGAGGAGAAUAAAAAGAAGGCCGAGCAGCUAAGACGCGAAAGAAUAAUACAAAGACAGAAAGAGAUAGAAGAGGCGAAGAAGCGAGAGGGCGAGAGCUCUUUCAUGCAAAGCGAAGAUUACCAGAAGAAGCUGAGUGAAAUUGAGUCGUUGCUUGCCGAGGAGUUUGGGCUGUCGUCUGAUGAUGACACCAUCAGUGAGGGGGGUAUGGAGAGUAGCAAUGAAGAGAGCUCGAAAACUGAGGAAGCGAGCGAAGCGUCGAAAGCAACGCCCAAAACAAAAUCAAAAGCGGCAAUGAAGAACCUAUACUGUUCAGCUUGCAACAAACUGUUCAAAAACGUGAAAUCCUUCGAAAACCACGAAAACAGCAAGAAACAUAAAGAAAAUGUUUCGAACAUGGUCUUAGACGACGAUAUUGAGAUAUCAGGUGACGAACAUGAUGAGGAAAAUGAUCCACCGCUUGAAACCGAGGAGCCGAGGGAAGUGAACGGGUUGACUGAGAGUGAGGUGGACCACGUGGGUAACUCCACUUCGGAUAUUGAGGACAACGACAUUAGGGAGACUUUGAGUGACGAUUCUGAUAAAGUGCAGGCUCUACCAAAAAGCCAGAAAAAGAAGAAAAACAAGAAGAAAUCAUUUAUUCCCAUGCCAGAGAGCGAAGGCAACGACAGCCACGACGAAAUGAGUUUCAACGAAAUAGAGGGCCCGGCGCGCAGUCGCAAGAACAAGAAGUAUAACAUGCUCAAGAGCCAAAUACAGGCCAAGAAGGAAGCUAAUCUCAAGAAAGGCUCCCAAUCACAAACAUCCACAGAAAACUUAUACGAAGUCUCAAGCACAACCCCCACUGAUGACGCCCUAGGCGAAGCCACGCUACCACAAGACAAGCCUGCGCUACCCAAAAUGUCCAGAAACGUCAAACCCAAGAAACAGAUGGACCGCAAACCCGUACGAAUCAAAACCACGGAAACAGAAGACUCGAGCACCGCACUCAACCUCAGAUGCGCCGUAUGUCAAACAGACUUUCCCUCAAAGAACAGAUUGUUUGAGCACCUCAAAAAGACGGGACACUCUGUCCCACUCCCGCAAGCUAGUUUCAUACAAACUAAAAAAGGGAAGAGAUCUAAUUCUAAUAGAUAAAUGUGCAAUCAAUUUAGAUAGGGUGGAAAGUAUUAAUAAUUAAUGCAUUGGAAAUCAUUGUGAUUUUAUUUUACUCUCUAAAAGUGACUAUCAAUCUACAUAUUUAUUAAAACUAUGAUCACUGUCAAUAAAAUAUGCAUAAAGAAAA